CACCUAAAGUCAUUAUUUGUGUGUCUCGUUGCAAUCAGUAAAAAUUGAUUACUUUACACAGAGUGAAGUUUUGAGUACACAGAAUUUUACGAGGUGGUUAGAGUUGGGAUAAUUAUGGAGAAGGACCCAUAUUACCAAAAUAUUUUUGUAGUAUUUGGACUAAGCGUUUGUUUGGCAGGAGGAGCGACUACAGUAGCAGCAUUGUCUCGUAGGCGACCCUUUUCCUUGGCGAAAGUGAACGAGGAAUUCAAGAGCGUGAAUAGAACUAUCAUCUUAAGACUUUACAAAGACAUUCUGAGGUCGCUUGAACAGGUAGAAAAGUCAAGGCUCGUACUAGAAGCAGAUAAACACUUCGUCAGAGAUGCUUUCAAACUGGGGAAAGAAGAAAAAUGGGUAGCCAAUGUUGAAGAACUUGUUCGAAUCGCCUAUCAAAACCUGAAGAAACUAAGAGCAGGAGUCAAACCGAAACCAGUUGAACGUGGUAAAGCUUGAGUGUUUCUAGUUUGUCCUUGGAGUUGAAUAAUCACUGAUAACUCCCAAUCUUUUAUGAGUGGAGGAUGACUUCAAGAUUUGCCAAUAGCUUGUUGACUAAGAAAGUACUGGUUGAGAAAGUAUCCACUGCAAAAUAAGAAUUGCACACAGUUCCAAGUCGUUACUAUUGAAUUUGUCUUGUUCCAAUAUCUUUCAGUUUCUUCACAUUUUUGUAUUGGAUGAAAAACAUGUGAAGCCUGGACAAGAAUCUUCCUGACGACAUGGUAAUGAACUUGAUUGACAGACUAUUUGAAGAUU